UAGUGUUACUUCAUAUUGUAAAUUUGGAACUACGCCAGUUCAGGAAUUUUUUUAGCAAGAAAAUUAAAUUCCUCAUUGAUCUUAAACCCUAACACAGAGAAGAAAAAAGCUCAAAAACCCCUGACCAAAAUCCAACAAUGGCGCACAGAAUUCUAGGCACCAUUCGCAGCAACUCCAUCUUUUUCUCUCACCUCAACAGUCACCAAAAUCCAUCGCAGUACCGUUGGAUUUCCACCACGUCUCACCUUGAUGCCUCAUGGAUGGACUCGAUUAAAGGAGUAUUCACCGGCAAAAAACCCACCUCCUCUGAUUCAGAUUCUGCUGAGGGAAAAUUCAGCCUACACAGUUUUGCUGAUGAGUUGGCUAAGGCAAGAAAGCUAGGAACUUUGAAGCAGUAUGUAGUAGGUCGGAGUAGUGAGGCUACAUUUGCUGAUGCUUUCGAGAAGCAGGAAUCAAUUCUUCGGUUUCUUGCCAACUUUGAUCCAAAUGGAGAGAAUCUCCAAAUCAGUCAAAAAAAAGAAGCAGCAAAGCAGUGCAAGUGUACAAUGGCUGAUGUUGAGAAUACGUUGGCAAAGUAUACAUGGGCCAAAGAAGCACAACACAAACUACAGAAGUUGAAGGAUGAGGGAAAACCAAUGCCAAAGAGCAUGGCUGAGGUGUUGUGGAAAAGACAAAUAGCUAGGCUUGCGGAAAGAGGGAAAGAAGUCCAAAUUUUGAUCCAUCAACUGACUGAUGAUUGUGUGGAGGAAAUUAUAGUUAUUCAACACAAAUCACAUGUUGACAUGAUUCCUUUCUUGCUUCUCAGCAAUUAGGUAUGUUCGCAUUCAGAACAUGAUAAUCUCAGAAUUCAUCAAGAAAGGGUUCUGAAGUAUUUUAUGUGUUCUGGCUUGAUGAAUUUAUAAGAGUUUGCAACAUCCAUUGGCAAAAACUCCCCUGCCCUCCCACCCCCACCCCCGGGGGAUGCCCUAUGUUUUCUCCAUUUUUUUAAAUCUUAACAGAUGAAAAUCUUUCUUGUUCUAGAGUUAUCUCAUCUUGCAUUAAUUGAUUAAGUUACUCAUGUUCAGUUGAUUGUCAUGGCAAUCCUGAGCUAUGCACACUGAAUAAA